GCCGUGACAUGCUCUGUGCUGGUGGUCGAGACAGGAUCACCAACCUGUUGGUCUGACCUCACUCGCCUCCGCGAGUCGAAGCUGUUCAGGGGCUGGAUGCGUGAGCUGGAGGACGACGAGAGUCAGCUGGAGGAGCGCUUGAAGGAAUUCCGUAAGCAGAUCCAGGGGCUGAAGCGCAAGAUGGUGGAUGACAACAACAUGAAUCAGAGUGUCCUUUUCGAUGAGACCCCUGCCCAUGAGACACAUGAUGAUGAGAAGGACCUCCCUGACAGCACCUCCAAGAAGACAAAGAAGACAGAGACCCAUGCCCAUGAGACACAUGCCGAUGAGAAUGCCCUCCCUGACACGAAAGACAGCGCCUUCAAGAAGACAAAAAAUACAGGUGAGGACAAUUCUCAAGUGCAGGUGAAGCUGACAUCAGAGAUGCCUGUUGCUUCCUAA